CUUCAUUCUUCCAUCUAUGAAACGUGUCUGGCUGCCAAUGCUCACCAUGUCAUAACGCCCGGCGGAAAGUCCUCUCCCUCAAUCAUUCCUGAGUUCCUUUAGCAGAUGAACACAACCAGGCCUCCGAGACAUCAACCGAAAUGGCGGGCUUCUUUACCUGGCUGUGGGAUUGGCUGCUGUGGAUGUUCUGGGCGACCGAGAUGGACGUGGCGAUCGUUGGAUUACAAAAUGCCGGCAAGACGAGUCUAGUGCGAGUCCUUGCUGGCAAUGAAUUCACCGUCGACACCGUGCCCACAGUGGCUUUCAACAAGAGGGAAGUCAAAAAGGGCCAUGUUUCAAUCAAGUGCUGGGAUCUUGGAGGUCAACCACGUUAUCGAUCCAUGUGGGAGCGAUAUUGUCGCGGAGUCAAUGCCAUUCUUUUCGUGGUCGAUGCUGCCGACAAGGAUGCCAUCCCGGUCGCUCGCGAGGAGCUGCACAAUCUCAUGGACCGACCUACGCUCAACGCCAUCCCUCUUCUCGUCCUCGGCAACAAGUCGGAUUUGCCCAACAAGUUGUCGGUGGACGAAUUGAUUGACCAGCUGGACCUGAAGUCGAUAGUUCGGCGGGAGAUCAGCUGCUACGGAAUCAGUGCAAAGGAAGAGACAAAUCUCGAAGCGGUGCUCCAAUGGCUGGUAGCCAGGUCCGGGAAGUGAAAACCUCUCUUUGUUUGAGCCACGGCGUUUGGAAUUCUGGUGCUACACAGCCUUGAUGGAUUGACGGUACAUUGUUGACUUUGGACCACUGUACAAAUACGGAGUUGACAGCACGCGUAUUGCAGCCAGCGAGGGGAUGUCCGGGCGUACUCUACUCAUGUUCUCCAGGAGAAUGUUCCAGGCGCCUGCUCAGAGGGGAAAUCGAUCGUAGCAGCCCCUGCAGGGUCCUCCACAGGUCAUCACGGCACUGGGAGGGAGUGGCAUACCACAAACAGGCCAUUGUGAACCGCUGCCCGAAUGACGCGUAGCCAAGACUCGGGUUGCAUAAGGUGCCCCCCCCAGAGGCCCAGCGGGUGCUGGUUGGAGGUGCCGGUUAAUGCCUGGGCGCCCACUGGAACAGCUGC